AUGGGCAAGCAGAAGCAGCAAGUAAUCUCCCGCUUCUUCGCGCCCAAACCCUCCGCCUACACCACCCCCGGCCCGCCGCAACCCCAGAACCCGCCCUCCACCCCACCGCCCAAAAUCGCCACCACCGUCUCCUUUUCCCCGGCCAAACGCAUCCGUACCGGCCAGCUCAACGCCCUCCACAACAAGCCCCAAAAGCUCAGCCACCCGGCCUCACCCAGCAAAAACUCCAAUUUAAUACCCCUACCCAACCCCACCCUCCAUCGGAAGUUCCUCGACAAGCUUCUGGAACCUCCCCAGGACCUCCUCGAACCUUCCAGAAACACCAAUUACUCGCAGACUCCAAACCCCAAGUACACACCAUUGGAGCAACAAGUGGUCGAGCUCAAAAAUAGGUACCCGGACGUGCUCCUGAUGAUUGAGGUCGGGUAUAAGUACAGAUUUUUCGGGGAAGAUGCUGAAAAUGCAGCUAGAGUACUCGGUAUAUACGCCCACAUGGACCGGAAUUUCCUGACUGCAAGCGUGCCCACUUUCAGGUUGAAUGUGCACUUGAGGAGGCUUGUUAGCGCAGGGUACAAAGUGGGAGUAGUGAAACAGACUGAAACGGCAGCCAUUAAGGCCCACGGGUCUAAUAAGAUGGGCCCAUUUUGUCGUGGACUUUCAGCGCUGUACACGAAGGCAACAUUGGAGGCCGCCGAGGAUUUGGGGGGUGGGGAUGAAGGAUGUGGGCCACGUAAUAAUUAUUUGUUCUGUGUUGUGGAGAAAAUGGUGGGGAAUGUGGAGAAUAAGCUGGACGUGAAGAUUGGGGCUGUGGGGGUCGAGGUAUCGACUGGGGAUGUUGUUUAUGGGGAGUUUGAUGAUAAUUUUAUGAGGGCGCGUUUGGAAGCUAUGAUUUUGCAGUUGUCACCGGUUGAGUUGCUUCUUGGAGGGAACCUGUCUAAGCAGACAGAGAAGUUAUUAUUGGAUUAUGCUGGGCCUUCCUCAAAUGUUCGAGUUGAGUAUGCUUCAGAAGAUUUCUUACACGACCAUGACGCUCGAGCUGAAGUGAUAUUACAAUAUGAUAACUUAAACCAGAGGGAGCUUACUGAUAUUUCUUUUGUUAUCUAUUUCAAUCUAAAGGGGAUUAUGGCUAUGCCUGAUUUGGCUAUUCAAGCACUAGCCUUAACCAUUCAUCAUCUGAAACAAUUUGGAUUUGAACGAAUUCUGUGUUUGGGGGCUUCAUUUCGGCCCUACUCUGGCAUCAAUGAGAUGACCCUUUCAGCUAAUGCACUGCAACAACUUGAGGUUCUGAAGAAUAAUUCUGAUGGAUCUGAGCGUGGCUCUCUUUUGCAAUGCAUGAAUCAUACGUUGACCGUAUUUGGGUCGAGGCUUCUCAGACACUGGGUGACUCAUCCUUUAUGCGACAGGAGCAUGAUAUACGCACGUCUAGAUGCCAUUUCUGAAAUUCUAGAGUCCAUGGGUUCUGCUAAAACUUCUGAGAUCGAUUUGGAAGAUGAGAAUUCUAAUGUGACUAUCGUGCACCCUGAUCUUCAUCAUUUACUAUCAUCUGUUUUGACCACAUUGGGAAGAGGACCUGAUGUUCAACGUGGAAUUACAAGGAUUUUUCAUCGAACUUCCACGGCAUCCGAGUUCAUUGCAGUUAUUCAAGCUAUUGCAUUUGCUGGAAGAAAGCUUCAGCAACUCCACGUUGAAACAGCUGACAGAAGCAAGAAUCUACAAAGCGGAGCCUCUGUGCACUCUGUUCUGUUGAGAAAGUUGAUCAUGACAUCAUCAUCUCCUAAUAUUACUGGUACUGCAGCAAAACUCUUGUCGAAACUUAACAAAGAAGCUGCCUGUCAAAAUGAUCUUCACAGUCUGUUUAUACUCUCUGAUGGGAGUUUCCCCGAGGUUGCUGUUGCAAAGACCAAGGUUCAGUCGGCAAAUGAAAUGUUAGAUAAAUUACUUCCUUUAUAUAGAAAACAACUGCGCAUGAGCAACCUAGAAUUUACGAGUGUAUCCGGAGUCACACAUUUGAUAGAGCUAGCCUUUGAUGUGAAGGUACCUUCAGACUGGGUUAAAGUAAACAGUACCAAGAAAACAAUUAGAUAUCACCCACCUGAAGUAUUGAAGGCCCUGGAUCAGUUAACUCUGACAAAAGAGGAACUCUCUAUUGUCUGUCGAGCCACGUGGGAUGAUUUCUUGCGGACAUUUGCUGGAUACUAUUCUGAGUUUCAAGGCGCUGUUCAAGCAUUUGCUACAUUGGAUUGUCUUUAUUCUCUUGCAAUGCUUUCUAGGAUGAAGAAUUAUGUUCGCCCUGUUUUUACCAGUGAUGAUGAGCCCGUUCAGAUUGAGAUCAAAUCCGGUCGACAUCCUGUUAUGGAGAACAUCUUGCAGGAUAAUUUUGUUCCCAAUGAUACGAAUUUGCAUGCCGAGGGGCAGUACUGUCAGAUUGUCACUGGGCCGAAUAUGGGUGGAAAGAGUUGCUAUAUUCGCCAAGUUGCUCUUAUAGCUCUCAUGGCUCAGAUCGGCUGCUUUGUGCCGGCAUCAUCAGCAAGGCUGCACGUGCUGGACGGCAUCUACACCCGAAUGGGAGCCUCCGAUAGCAUUCAGCUCGGGAAAAGCACUUUCUUGGAAGAAUUAAGCGAGACAUCUCAUAUACUCGAGCACAGCACAUCUCGUUCGUUGAUCAUAAUAGAUGAGCUCGGGCGAGGCACGAGCACACAUGAUGGUGUGGCAAUUGCAUAUGCUACCUUGCACUAUCUUUUGCAGCACAAGAAAUCUAUGGUCCUGUUCGUGACUCACUAUCCUGAAAUAGUUGACGUAAAAAAUGAAUUCCCGGGCUCUGUGGAGGCAUACUAUGUUUCUUAUUUGACGCCACAAAAAGAGACGGAUGUUGACUUUGACGUUGACCCGGAGCAUGAUGAUGUCACCUACCUUUACAAACUUGUUCAUGGUGUUUCUGAGAGAAGUUUCGGGUUUAAGGUUGCGGAGCUUGCGCAGUUACCUUCCUCGUGCAUUAGACGUGCUGUUGAAAUGGCAGCAAGAUUAGAAGCAGAAGUACGCAAAAGAGAGAAAAACAAGCUGCUAUCGAACAUUAGAAUUUCCAUCGAAAAAUCAGGACAUGAAGAGAUCUUAGGAGAAGUUGAGGAGGGUUACAGGGAGUUUUUCUUUCACAUAAAUCUUGCAUUGAACAAUGAAGAAGAUUUCGGAAAGAGGCUCGACAGUUUGAAGCUCGCCAAAACUCUUGCAAUGGAGCUGGUGAAUAAUAGGUAA